AUGUGCGCGUUUGCUUUCGUCUCCAAAGAGGAAUCUGCCGAGGAUGCAGGCCGAUCUACGGAGGAGGGUGAGCGGAACACGGCGGACGGGCGCACCUCAAGGCCUAAGUCGAGGGCUUCAAAACUGAGUUCGGAGGAAUUUCCGAAGCGUGAGAACGGGAAGUCCGCUUCAGCAACCCUUACAGCUUGUGUAACCAGCAUGUCAGCGGAAGAGAUGCCGAGAGGCCACGGUAGGGUCCAUGCCGUGCGCCAACCUCGAGUUCGGAGCCAGCACGCCGAAGACAGAUUCUCGAAAGAGUUGUAG